AUGCUGGUCCCGGCCGAUAUGCUGGCCGCCCAGUCGAAAAUGCUUUAUCAAAUCAACAAAUACUACGGUGAAAGAGUGCAAACAAGGAUGGCAACCAUCGCUAAGACCAUCAGGGAGGUUUGUAAGGUAGUUCAGGAGGUUUUAAAAGAAGUCGAAGUGCAAGAGCCUAGAUUUAUUUCGUCUCUAACGGAAUGCAACGGAAAAUACGAAGGUUUGGAGGUUAUUUCGCCGGUAGAGUUCGAGGUGGUAUUGUACCUGAAUCAAAUGGGUGUGUUUAAUUUCGUAGACGACGGUACUUUGCCAGGUUGUGCUGUGUUAAAACUUAGCGACGGUAGGAAGAGAUCCAUGUCGUUGUGGGUUGAAUUUAUCACAGCUUCUGGAUAUUUAUCGGCGAGAAAAAUACGAUCCAGGUUCCAAACUCUAGUCGCUCAAGCCUGUGAUAAAUGUUCUUAUAGAGACAGUGUCAAAAUGAUAGCCGAUACCUCAGAGGUAAAAUUACGAAUAAGAGAACGGUAUAUUGUGCAAAUAACACCGGCGUUUAAAUGCUCCGGCGUGUGGCCUCGAUCCGGUUCGCAUUGGCCAUCCCCGCACAUUCCCUGGCCGCAUCCUAACCUAGUAGCAGAAGUCAAAACCGAAGGAUUCGAUCUUUUAAGCAAAGAAAGUAUAGCAGCUCAAGGUAAACAAACUUCCAUGGAAGGCGACGCUUGGGUUCUUUCUUUUUUAGAAGCAGAAAACCGUCUUUUACAAGGAGGAUGCCGAAGAAGGUGUCUCAGCAUUCUCAAGACUCUAAGAGAUAGACAUUUAGACCUACCUGGUAAUCCCGUCAGUAGUUAUCACCUAAAAACUUUGUUACUUUAUGAAUGUGAAAAACAUCCCAGAGAGUCUGAAUGGGAUGAAUCUUGUAUAGCCGACAGAAUUAACGGUAUAUUUCUACAAUUAAUCUCUUGUUUGCAAUGUAAGAGAUGCCCUCAUUACUUUUUGCCAAACUUAGAUCUUUUUAAAGGAAAAUCGCCCAGUGGUUUGGAAAACGCAGCUAAACAAGUGUGGAGGUUGACACGAGAAAUGUUAACAAACACAAGAUGCCUAGAAAAGUUGUAAAAGUUUUCUUUAAUUCUUUCAUCAAGUAGGUAUUGGAAAAAAUGUUUAUCAGUUAUUUUGCGCUCGAUAUAAUACAAAAUAAUUGUUUGCCAAAUGUGCAUUUGUCAUAAUAAAUGAAUGUUUAGAUAAAUUGCAGACCGAGGAAGUAAUUUUUUUGACAAAAAAAAAACGUGAAACGAACAUCGUUAUAACUACCAUAAUAAAUAUUAUCUUUUAUGAAAACUUUAUAAAUUGAAGCAUGUUGUUGCUUUUUCAUAUGUCAAAAACUCGAUAAGUUCGCAAAAUCCUUUGUUUUAUAAAGCUUUUGGUUGUUUUAUUUUUUUAUGUAGAAAACGCUAUAACUUCUUUUUGUAUUUUUCAAAAUGUAUUUAAUGUAUAAUUUUGCUUUUAUUACCAAAUCAAUCAAUUAUUUUGGUUUGUUUUUUUUUCUCCUGCUCACUUCACAUUUGUUAUCCUAUCAAACAAACUAUGUCCUUUUUUAUCUUGUUUUGCUGGUACUUUUCUCUACAAAUUCUUUGCAAUAUAAUAAUCUAUUUUUUUAUUAAUUAUUUUAUUUUAUAUCUGAUUAUAUGAUACAGAGCUUGAUUUUUCUUAUUAGAUUGUCAUUAUAUUAAGACUACAUUUUGUCACUAAAAUUGCAUGAUAUUUCCUGACCGUGAAUAUUUAAAUAGAAACUUUUUUAUUUCCUGGGUUUGUCGGUCAUAUGUAAAUAAAACUAUUUAAUUUUUGCUGAAACGUUUCGGCAAAUUUGCCAUUUUCAUCAGGCACUUUAUUUUAUUUUAUAAACAUUAUAUUUUACUAUUACAUUUCAUCUUUACACUUUUUUUUAAAGUUUAACAUGGAAAAUCCAUGUUUAUUUCUGUACAUACUAAUGAUUCAUCCUCAGGUGUAUUGUGUAUCCUUUUUUUUAUAUAAUUUCAAACAGUUUGUGUCUAUCUAACGAAUCGAAGGCUUUUUUAAAAUGUCUAAAUUUAAUAUACUAUAUUUAUUCCAAUAUUUAUUUUUGUUUUUUUUAUUGGUUAUAAGCGACAACACUAAGUUAUUGUAUUUUUCGAUCAAAUAACGUCGAUUCAAUUUGCAAGCCUUUUUUUCUUUGACUUUUCAAGUUCUUCCUGUCUAUUGCUCCUCUUAAUAAGCUUCUAAAUUACAUUAUCUUGUAAACUCAAUUUUGUUUUUAUGCCAAAAGUUUAUAAUUUAUUAUAAGAUCGAUCUCCAGAAUUGUCUGUAACUCAUUGCUGAUCUUUCCAGUCUCUUAUAAUUCCCCCUCCUAUUUAUUGUUAAACCGAAAUAUAAAAGACAGCAAACUUUUGCAUAUUAGAGAACAACCCUAAUAUGAUCUCACAACAUCCAGUAAUUCUCUUAUGACUGAUAAAGAAGAAGUCUUUCUCAAGUUUAGUUUUUCUGGCAUAGGCCAUAUGUACUUUAUUGUGAUCUAAAAAAAGCAACUUUUAUUCCGUUUUUCACACAAGAAAUUGUGUGAAAAAGCUUCUCAUUUACUACAUAACUAUGUAGGUAUAUCACAUGCCAACUCUUUGUUAAAUAUAUAUUCCUGCCAAAUUUCUAAAUUACAUGAUCAUUUUGAUUAAUGGGUGUUUCUUACUUUGUCACUAAUGAGUCACUAUUUGAUUUAGAUACUAGUUUUAACAUUUUAUGGUAUUACCUCAGUGUAAUAUUAUUUCAAUAUAAUAAAAUAAGACAACAAUUUGUAAGGACAUACUCUUUCGUUUAUCAAUAAUUUAACAUUCCUUUUUUUCCUUUUCCAAGUUAAGACUUAACUGUGCGCAGAAAGGCAAUAUGCCAUGUUUAAUUUGGAUCACAUUAGUAGAACAACUAUAGCAUAGAAUAUUUCAUAAUAUUCAGAAACUGUAUAUAAUUUUCGUUUUGUCUUCGCACUUUAAUUUAUGACAAAAAAAUUCGAACCAAUUCUUUUUUAAAUUCGUUUAAAUAUAUAUCAUUUUUAUAAAAAAAACUUACUAAGAAUGCAUAAAAGUGACAUAAAAGGCUGAUAAGCAAAAUUUUUAUUAUCUAUUGUACAUGUAAUGUAUUGUAAAGAAACCGUCGAUGGUUUAUUAGAAAGAUUUUAGGCAAUUAAAGCAUAACAAAUAUUCUCAAAAGUUCUGCAAUAUGGUCAAAAUCAAUAAUUAUUUAUUGAAGAGAUUAUGCUAUUCAUAUUCUAUGAAGUUUCUAUGUAAGAAAAUUCAUUUCGUUUCAAUAUUUAUAUACUGGCUUCAACAGCUUGUUAUUUCUUUCACAGACACAAAUGUCACACAUUGUGUAAUAUGUAACUUUCUUUAUCUCUCUUUUCCAAUAUUAAUUUAAAUAUUAAGAGACCUUUUUGUGCUGUAUGCGCUACUCGAUAUCUCAUUGAAGAGUUUACCAGAGCUUCCACAUUGGUCUAUUUUCUCAACUAUUCGAUUUGUUUCUCAUAUAAUAGACUUCUUCUAACAUGUUUUUAAGAAUAAGUGAAUCAUUUUUGAUGAAGAAGAAGAAAAAAUGAAUCAUUUUUGAUAUAACUAAAUACAGCUUAGUGAAUUUAUUAAGAAGGUACUUAAAAUUCUCAUAAAGAGUGAAAACACGUCAAUUAGUAGUAGAAUAACUGAUGAUAUACCUAAUGACAAAAUUGUAAAUUAUAAAUCAAAAAUUAUAUUGAUAAAAUGGUAGAUUACAGACAAGAUAAUGGACAACUGUAGAAGACAUAGACCAAAUGACAGUAAUUUAAUCUUAUGGGACUGUUUUUUUAAUUUCUGCAGGAAUCAAUAAAAUGAACAUUAGCAAUCUAAUGCCAACCUCUUCUCAUGUGGUUUUCAAAACAUUUAAAACAUGUUUUUGAAGCUAUUACCAGUAUUAGCCAUCAAAUUGUGUUAACGAAGAGAAAACGUACGUCGUAAUCUUUUUCAGUUCCUGAGUUUAACAAAAAAAGUAGUUUAAGAUGAUCACAAAAGACUGCAAAAUACUGUCGCUAAGACUACUGUAAUUAGAGAGAGAUAGAGUGAUAUUACAGAAAAGUUGGUAAAUAAGACACUGAGCAUAUAAAAAGAAGAAAUACUAAAACUCUUUGUAUCUUCGUGAUAUACAAAAUAUCUGUACAUAAGGCUGUUAAUUUAUGAACGUUCUGAUCAAUUAAAAGAUCUAUCAUAUAAUUAUAUGUUGCCAAAAUUUCUAGUCUAUUAAUUAUACAUACUUUUUUCUGGGAAAGUUUAAAAAUUUCUUUUUUAAAUUAUUUUUUUAUAUUUUGAACAAAAAGACACAAUUUAUCCUUUAUGAUUGACCAUAUUAAAGAAAUAAGUAAGGUUAUCUGGGUUGGUUGAUAUAUAAAUUACUUUUCAGGCCCAACUAGACUUAUGUAAGUAAAAAAAAAUGUAAAGCGUUAAUAUUUAAGCCUAACAUCUCUCUAAUACAUCAAGAAGACAUCAAAACUGUUGAUUAUAAAUGUAUCUAGAUACUCUUGGUUGUGAAUAUAAACUAUGUAUAUUGAAUAUACUGAUGUAGACUACAUUACUCAACUGUAUAAUCCCCAUUUUCCGUACUAUGUUUAAGACAAUUAAGUAUUUUACCUAUUUAAGUAUUCCUUGAUAUGAAUAUAGCUUUAAUAGUGGUUAGGAAACCUGUAACUAGGACUGAAUUGCUAAUAAAUAAAAUCUCGUACUCUAGUGCCAUGAUAUUUAUGUUUAUUAUUGGUAUUAAUAUUUCUUGUAUGCUAAUAACUGUUAUGUCUGUUGGGUUCCCAUCUCUACUAUGAUUUAUUCUAGCAGAGAGCACUCUGACGCAUGACGCUAUAAACAAAGCUAUUAUAAUAGAGAUGGGCAAUCUGUAUAAGAUGUGAGGAUGUGAUGCUAGUUGUUUUUCGAAUAGUUUUAGUAAAUAUGUAUCUGAAAAGACUGUUUUGUAGGAUCAAGUACUCGUUUUUUGUUGUUUUGUAUUUAAAUUUUAAAAUUAAUAAAAGAAUUAUGCU